CAGUGCGCGGACGUCAAAAUAGUCGUCUGUCUGGCAAAGUGUGAAGAAAUAAACGCAGUUUUUUGGUUGAACACAAGAGGGUGAUAUUGCACAGUAUGGCCAAGGAGAGUGGUGGCAAAGACCCCGAUGAACUCUUGUCUAUCCUGGCCAACAGUGAUAAAGUGGUCAAUGGCACGGCGGAGGAGGAGAACAGUGAAAAUCUCAGCGCUGACAACAAUGGUGGCUUCACGGAGGCGCCGAAGAAGGAGGAGAAUCCAUUCUCUUUCAAGCACUUUCUCAAUCGCGACAGCGGAACCUCAGCGGGCUCCUCGAGCCGCACAAGCAGCAAUUACAGCACAGGCGCCCGGCCGAAGGUGUUACAGUCCAGCAGCACCAAUGAAAUACCCAAGAUGAAGAGAUCGCCGCGAUUUCCAUCCUUCGACUCCCAAGCCAGUCUCACAGAGUAUACGGAUGAUCUGAGAAGCUCCAUUGGCACAACGUCAUCGAACUUCGGCAAGCGCUCGUACUCCAACUACGACAUCGAAAGUCCCAACUCGCCGCGUCCUGAGCGUCGCGACAAGAGCCCCAUUCAUGUCCCCUCCAGCCGCAGCUCCACGUCCAGCCGCCUGGGCAACAGUGAGUUCUCGGCCGCGCUGCCGGACUUCGUGCAGGAUCAUCUCAUCAUCGAGCAACUGUACAACAACUCGACUCUGGGCGGUUCGCCCAACACGUCUCCGCUCUCCGUGGACUUCGACAUGAUCCCCGGACUGAGUGAGGCGCCGCGCGCGGACGCCGACAUGCCCUUUGACCUCAUGUUCACAUCCGCGCCGCGCAGCCGGAGUCCGUUGCACCGCAAUAGUCCCACGAUUCCGCUGGACUUGCCGGCGUCCAGUGCGGCCAGCAUCCCGCUCGAUCUCACGGGCGGCCGCUUCACGCCACCGCCGGACAUCCCGCUGGACCUGACGGAACGCCACGAUUUCGGCAGCGCCAGCCAGCCGCCCGCCGACAUGAUCCUCACUCUGCCGGACUUCCUGUCCGACGGGCCCAUCCACAGUGGACGCCUGGCGGACGUGGCCAGUGACCUGCCGCAUCUGGACUCGCCCGAGGAGGGCGCCGCCACCACCAUCGCGCGCCUCCGCCUCGAGAACGACCGUCUGCGCCAUGAGCUGGACGAGAACAGGCUGCGUCUGUCAGACAAAACGCGCCACAGCGCCGAGCUGGAGCGCACGCUGGAGAGCAUGCGGCACACGGAGACGCAGUACAGCGCCGCACUGGCGGAGAGCAUGGAGCAGGUGGAGGAGAAUCUGGACAGGAGCAAUAAGAGAGCGGCGGCCGCACAGUCUCUGGCCAACAAGCUGAAGCAGCAAGUGAAGCAAUUGACGGCUGAGGUGGAGGCGCUGCGGCGCGAGAAUGAGACGCUGAAGGAGGAGGGCGCUGUGGGUGGAAGCAGCAGCGGCGGGUCCGCGGCAAAUGUGCGCUCAUACACGCGUGUAUCACGAUCGCAGCAGCUCUCGCGUGAGCUCAUGCAGGCCGCCCUGAGUGCCGAGAACAACCUGAGGCAAUUGCUGAGCGGCGUGGACAACUUGAGGAUCAUGGCGGCGAAUAUCCAGAACAUGGACCGAAUCUGUGAUCCCGCGACGGAUGAAUUCCUCUCUGAUUGUGAUGAUGAGGACUUCACUGGGCCAGCGCUGUAGAAUUCGUUUUUCUUUCACCUCCUUUAUUUUUUGUUGUGCAAAUUGACUUUGGGCUUUUAACUUUUGUCAUAUCCAAGAGUCUCGCGCGCCGGAUUUUAUUAUUUUCUGUGUCAGAAGAGAGAGAAAGAGAGUAAAUUGUCUCGAUACUUGGAAAAUCGCAAAAUAGGGAAAUCUUGACUGCAAUUCCUGGGUUUGUGGCAAAAUUACUGAUGUGUGUGCGAUAAUAGUAAAGGAUCAGUAAAACUCUUGCUGCUGACUCUCACUUCAUCUGCUUCUGCUCAACAUCUCUCGAUCGUCUGUAGAUUCUGUAAUUUCUGUCGAAUUCUCUAGUC